AUUCGACACUCAAGCUAGGUCCCUGGGAAGUUUAGGGAUUGCUCCACCACCUGUCUAUCAACCAGGAAAAUCAGUUGCCUACUUGUACCUGGGUAGAAACCUUUCAGCAAGCCAAUAUCAUAUAUGUAAACCGUCACCGUGCGCGCGCAACCGUAAUUCAGUCGGUGAAGGGGGACCCACAAGGACACCAUCAUGCUUCUCUACCGGCUAUUCAGAUAUCAAAGAGGCCUUGAUACAUUAUAAGUGGAGUAUCGUAUCUGUGCAUGAAAAGGAGAGUACGGGUAGACGACACAGAGGUUGACGACCCGUAAAUUAGCUCUGUUGCAUUGUUUCAAGGCCUGCAAGUAACAUGCCUCUAAAACCAUGGAAGGUCACCUAUUUCAAUGGCCGUGGUAGGGCGGAAGGUAUCCGGAUGGUACUCGUGGAGGCUGGGGUGCCGUUCGAGGACAUCCGUAUCACCAAACAGCAAUGGGCAACAAUGAAAGAAUCCACGCCUACACACACCCUUCCCAUCCUGGAGCUGGAAGACGGAACCGUUCUCAGUCAGUCAUCGGCCAUCCUCAGAUACCUUGGUAGGAAAUUUGGUAUGUACAGUGACAAUAUCACGGAGCAGUACAGAAUCGACUUGGUCAUGAACAUGAUAGAUGAUUUAGUGGACAAGAUACUUGUACCAACACUUUUGGAGAAGGACCCCGUUCUGAAGGCCGGGAAAAUGAAAACGGUUGAGGCCGAAGAUUUACCUGGUUACAUGAAAGUACUAACAAGGGAACUCAAAGCAGGAGGUAAUGGGUUUUUCGUCGGAACAAAGCUUUCUAUAGCCGAUGUCAAAAUCUUCACUGUCAUUGAAAACAUUGCAGGCGCUUUUCCAGCAACUAUGGCAAAAUGGGAUGACUUAAGGGAAUUCAAAAAGAGCAUAGAAUCUCGACCUAGGAUAGCUGCUUGGAUAAAGGAUAGACCGAAAUCAUGGUUCUAGGUUGUUCUUUGGACAGAGUCAAACAAUAGAAGUCUCAUUAUUCCCGUGAAAGUCUGUACAUUUCAUUAUCAUAAGCAAAUCACUCGAGAGACAUGAUUCAUUUCUAUUCGUGAUGGUAUGUUAUGGCUGUGAAUACGCUGUGUAAUGUAGAAUACUUGCAAUGUUGUAGGGGGAAAUUCUCAAAAACGUCAUUUAUUUCGAAAGUUGAAUGUCAGUGUGUGUGUGUGUGUGUGUGUGUUUGGGAAAAUUAAGACCACCAUCUUUCCUAUUCACGUUUUGUCAUCAUAACCAAUAAGCUUUUUUUUUCAAUUUUAUAUAAAGAUAGACACAUUUUAGAAU